AUGGCUCAACCACACCCCGCGUCUACAAACACCCCACGCUAUUUAACCGGAGACCAGGCUGGUCUGCGCGAGUUCUUGGAUAAGUUUGAUGUCUUCCUCUUCGAUUGCGAUGGUGUCCUCUGGUCUGGAGACCACUGCUUUCCCGGAACAGUCGAAACUCUAGAAUUGCUACGCAAGAAUGGCAAACAGGUCGUCUUCGUCACGAAUAACAGCACAAAGUCGCGCGCCGAUUAUCGCAAGAAGCUAGAGGGUCUGGGUAUUCCCAGCUCCGUGGAAGAGAUAUUCUCCUCCUCCUACAGCUCCUCGAUAUACAUCUCCCGCAUCCUCCAACUCCCCGAAAACAAGCGCAAAGUCUACGUGAUCGGCGAAUCUGGCAUUGAGCAAGAACUUCGCUCCGAGAACGUCCCCUUCAUCGGCGGCACGGAUCCCGCAUACCGUCGCGACGUACAACCCGAAGACUACAAGCGCAUUGCCGCAGGAGAUACCUCCCUUCUGGAUCCGGAGGUUGGCGUCGUUCUCGUCGGAUUGGACUUCCACCUGAACUAUCUCAAGCUAGCACUAGCAUACCACUACGUGAAGCGCGGCGCGAUCUUCCUCGCGACGAACAUCGACUCAACACUCCCCAACUCCGGCACUCUCUUCCCGGGUGCUGGAUCUAUGAGUGCGCCUCUCAUUAUGAUGCUUGGACAGGAUCCUGUGGCGCUGGGUAAGCCGAGUCAAGCAAUGAUGGAUGCGAUUGAGGGCAAGUUCAAGUUUGACCGUAGCCGCGCGUGCAUGGUUGGGGACCGGGCCAACACCGAUAUCCGCUUUGGCUUGGAGGGUAACCUGGGAGGUACGCUGGGCGUGCUUACGGGUGUGAGUUCAAAGGAGGAUUUUGUUUCUGGGCCUGUCCGGCCUCUGGCGUAUCUUGAUAAACUCUCGGAUUUGCUGGCCGCAGAGCAGUGA